CCUCUAUUCUGUGUUUUUGAAUGCAUAUUAUGAAAUUCUAUGUGAAAGUACAUUGAAUUACAUGAAACUUAGCCAUAUGGAUUCCUAUCUGCUGAAUAAGGGAAUUAUCUGUCACUAUAGACUAUUUGAAUCUGAAAUUGGGCGCCUUAAAGGCUUAAUUUUCAGAAAUUGAUUUGAUAUUUGGAAUCUGCAUAAUUUUUAAACUCUUAUGGAAUUUUCUGUGAAAUUUCAAUUUAGGAUGCUUAAACGAUUAAAUUUUGUCUUAUUAUAAACAUAAAUAUCUAUAUCAAGCUUUAAGAUGUCUUUGACUUGAAAAUACCUCCUGUGUGCAACCUAGAAGAGGGAAUUUCGUGAGAGUUGGAGAGAAGGCCUUCAAGUGAAGGAUUUGGGGAAUUUUGUGAAGAUUGCUUAGAUUAAACUCAAGGAAAUCAACUUGGAGGUCAGUCCUUACAUCAUCAUCAUCAUCCAUCUUUUGUCAGCUUAAGGAUAACCAGGCACUUGGAGAAGCCCUUUGCAUGCUAGGGCAGUUUUGCUAGUCUUGGAGGACCAAACUUAAUUAAGGGGGGGAGAGUGUAAUAGCCCGACCCUCGUACAUGACCCCGAUAUCUUUUCAGCCCUCUAUUCUGUGUUUUUUAAUGCAUAUUAUGAAAUUCUAUGUGAAAGUACAUUGAAUUACAUGAAACUUAGCCAUAUGGAUUCCUAUCUGUUGAAUAAGGGAAUUAUCUGUCACUAUAGACUAUUUGAAUCUGAAAUUGGGCGCCUUAGAGGCUUAAUUUUCAGAAAUUGAUUUGAUAUUUGGAAUCUGCAUAAUUUUUAAACUCUAAUGGGAUUUUCUGUGAAAUUUCAAUUUAGGAUGCUUAAACGAUUAAAUUUUGUCUUAUUAUAAACAUAAAUAUCUAUAUCAAGCUUUAAGAUGUCUUUGACUUGAAAACACCUCCUGUGUGCAACCUAGAAGAGGGAAUUUCGUGAGAGUUGGAGAGAAGGCCUUCAAGUGAAGGAUUUGGGGAAUUUUGUGAAGAUUGCUUAGAUUAAACUCAAGAUCAUGGUGAGAACACGGACAGAGGAGCAGGAAGGUGCUACGACUGCCCGGUUGGACAGGAUGGAGAGAAUGAUUAUGGAAAUGGCAGAGACCUUACGUCGACAACAACAACAACAACAACAACAACAACCACAAGAACAACCGCCGCCACCACCAAUACCUCCCCCAGCAGUACAAGAGUUCCAUGCUGAAGAUAGAAUCAUUACACUUACAAAGGAAUUUAAAAAGAUGAAACCGCCAGUGUUUAAAGGCGGAAUCGAACCGAUGAAAGCUGAGGCAUGGGUAUUGGGAAUAGAAAAGUUAUUCGAAGUUUUCCCUUGUACUGAAAUCCAAAAGGUGCAGCUUGCUGCUUUUACUCUUGAAGAUGAGGCGCGAAGGUGGUGGAUGCUCACAAGAACAAUGUAUCAGGGGCUGACAUGGGACAGAUUUUUAGAGCUAUUUUAUGAUAAAUAUUUUCCCCAAAGUAUGCGGGACAAGAAGGUGACCGAAUUCGAAACAUUGAGACAAGGAAAUAAAACUGUUGCCGAAUAUGAAGCUCAAUUCGCAGAACUAGCCCGAUUUGCACCUCACAUGGUAGAUACAGAAUACAAGAAAGCGCGAAAAUUUGAGGGAGGAUUGCGGAGUAUUAUUCUGGACCGAGUUAAUGUGUUGAAGUUACCCACCUACGUUGAUGUGUUAGAAAGAGUUGUUAUAGCAGAAGGGAAUAUUGCUGCUCAGACUCGGAUUUCUGAAUGGAAAGGAAAAAGGCAGAACAACCAAGGGUUCAAGGGGUCAACUACUCCACCAAAUAAGAAGCAAAAUUCAGGGACCUCCAACACUACUACUUCUCCUCAAAAUUCAGCUCCUGUGUGUCCAGAAUGUGGAUGGAGGCAUCGAGGAAUUUGUCGCCGAUUGUCUGGGGCAUGUUUUCGAUGUGGCAAAACGGGGCAUUUGAUAAAGGACUGUCCGCAAAAGAAUCAACAAACUGGUAAUAAGGCCGCCACAAGCUCAGCAGGGUUUACACCAGUUCCUAAUGCCAAGUCAGCUGCUAAACCUGCUAACAAUAAGGAUACUACGAGGCAAGGUAGGGUAUUUGCGUUGGUUCCGAGAGAUGUACAGAAUGCAACCACAGUGGUGUCAAGUACAUUUAUGGUUCAUGGUCAUUCUGCUCACGUUUUAUUUGAUUCUGGCUCUACCUGUUCCUUUGUGUCAAAAUUAUUUGCGAAAAACCUAGAUAAACCUGAAGAAGAAUUGACUUAUGUGUUGUGUGUAUCUUCACCUAUGGGAAAUUCCAUGAUCUGUACUUCUGUCUGUUCUGCUUGUGAACUCCUCAUUGGAGAUAUCCGUGUAUAUGCUAAUUUAUUACCACUUGAUAUGACUUCUUUUGAUAUUAUUCUGGGGAUGGAUUGGUUGGGUGAAUAUAGUGCCACCAUCGACUGUCUGACAAAGCAAAUCAAAUUCCACCCUCCAGGACAAUCAGAAUCUACUUUUCAGGGGCAAGGAGUGACUUCUCCACCGUAUGUGAUUUCUGCAGCUAGGGCUUGUAAAUUAAUUCAGAAAGGGUGUCAAGGGUACUUAUGUAGUGUUUUGGAAGGGCCAACAACGAAUGAGAAUAUUGGUGCGAUUCCAGUUGUCUGUGAAUUUUCGGACGUCUUUCCGGAAGAAUUGCCAGGAGAAUUAGUGGACCGUGAAAUUGAAUUCACAAUUGAAGUGCUACCGGGAGUCCAACCCAUCUCUAAAACCCCGUAUCGAAUGGCGCCAGCUGAAAUGAGGGAAUUGAAUAUUCAAUUGCAAGAUUUAUUGGAUAAAGGGUUUAUCCGCCCUAGUGUUUCUCCGUGGGGUGCACCAGUCCUGUUUGUGAAAAAGAAAGAUGGAACACUCCGAUUAUGUAUAGAUUACCGAGAGCUUAAUAAAGUAACAAUCAAGAAUAAGUAUCCUUACCACGGAUCGACGAUUUAUUUGACCAAUUACAAGGAUCACAGGUCUUUUCUAAGAUUGACUUACGGUCCGGAUACCACCAAUUGAAAGUUAAAGCUGAUGAUGUUGAGAAGACAGCUUUUCGAACCCGAUACGGUCAUUAUGAAUUUUUGGUUAUGCCCUUUGGAGUUACGAACGCACCAGCAGCAUUUAUGGAUCUAAUGAACCGUGUCUUCAAACCUUAUCUGGAUGAGUUUGUAGUGGUCUUUAUUGACGACAUCCUUAUUUACUCAAGGAAUGCAGAGGUCCAUGAAAAUCAUCUUCGCUUAAUCCUUCAAACCCUCCGAGAAAAGAAGUUGUACGCAAAGCUAAAAAAGUGUGAAUUUUGGCUACAUGAAGUGACAUUUCUGGGGCAUGUUAUAACUAAGGAAAGAGUCUCUGUUGAUCCAAACAAGAUUGGGGCGAUUGUAAACUGGCCGACCCCGACUAAUGUGACUGAAGUGCAUAGUUUCAUGGGAUUAGCCGGCUAUUAUCGAAGAUUUGUUCAGGAUUUUUCUAAGAUUGCUGUACCACUCACACAGUUGACUAAAAAGGGAGUUGCAUUUGAAUGGAUGGAACCGCGGAAAUCUGCCUUCCAAGAAUUAAAAAUGAAGUUAACUACAGCCCCGGUCCUUGCUCUACCGUCUGGUACGGAGGGAUUUGUGAUUUACAGCGAUGCAUCACAUAAAGGACUUGGUUGUGUGCUUAUGCAAAGUGGAAGAGUUAUUGCUUAUGCUUCUCGCCAGCUUAAAUCCCAUGAGAAGGGCUACCCCACGCAUGAUCUUGAGCUAGCUGCAGUCGUUUUUGCUUUAAAAAUUUGGCGGCAUUAUCUGUAUGGAACUACUUGCGACAUUUAUACCGACCAUAAAAGUCUCAAAUACAUUUUUACCCAAAAGGAGUUGAAUAUGCGUCAGCGGCGAUGGUUGGAGCUUAUUAAAGAUUAUGAUUUACAGAUCCACUAUCAUCCCGGUAAAGCCAACACGGUGGCAGACGCACUUAGCCGGAGAAAUAUGGGGGAUUUGGCAAGUUUAUUGACAGGGGAAAAGGAGUUGAUGAAUGAGUUGAAUAAGAUGGGGGUCGCCUUGGCGAUGCAUGGUCAAGGGGCAACAAUGGCAACAAUCAUGGCUCAACCGACAUUACUUGAGGAGAUUAAAAUACGCCAAAUGGAGGAUGGAGCUUUAAAGAAGAUGCGUGAUGAAAUGGAGACAAAAUCGAAACUAGGAUUCACUUUGACAGAUUCUGUGCUUAAAUUUCAAAACCGAAUAUGUGUUCCUAAUGUGUUACAACUUAAACGGAGAUUGAUGAAAGAAGCACAUGCCUCAAAAGUUUCAAUGCAUCCAGGAAGUACUAAAAUGUACCGGGAUUUGAAGAGACAUUUUUGGUGGCCAAGUAUGAAGAAAGAAAUCGCAGAGUUUGUUUCUAAGUGUUUGCAAUGUCAGCAGGUAAAAGCAGAGCAUCAGAGGCCCGCAGGAUUAUUACAACCCCUUCCAAUUCCGGAGUGGAAAUGAGAACAUCUGACCAUGGAUUUUGUUGUAGGCUUACCACGAACAGCCCGAGGGAUGAAUUCUAUAUGGGUCAUUGUCAACCGAUUAACAAAGUCCGCCCACUUCCUGCCUGUGAAGACCCAGUAUAAUGCCGAUAAACUUGCUGUGAUCUAUGUGAAUGAAAUUGUAAGGCUUCACGGUGUUCCGGUUUCAAUUGUGUCAGAUAGAGAUCCCAAAUUUGUUUCAAGGUUCUGGCAAGGUCUACAGAAUGCAAUGGGUACGGAAUUAAAGUUUAGCACAGCUUUCCACCCUCAAAUAGAUGGACAAUCCGAGAGGACAAUUCAGACGCUAGAAGAUAUGCUUCGAAUGUGUAUUUUGGAUUUUCAGGAAAGUUGGGAAACUCAUCUGCCGUUGGUUGAGUUUGCAUAUAAUAACAGUUAUCACUCGAGUAUUGAAAUGGCACCCUAUGAAGCCCUAUAUGGAAGACCGUGUCGUUCUCCCGUGUGUUGGGCUGAGGUUGGAGAUAGGCCCUUGUUAGGGCCAGAGAUUGUCCAAUUGACAACUGAAAAGGUUAGAAUUAUUCAAGAAAGAUUGAAAACUGCUCAGAGUAGACAGAAGAGUUAUGCGGAUAACCGGCGCAGAAAUUUGGAGUUUGACGUGGACAGUCAUGUUUUCAUGAAAGUUACCCCAAUGAAAGGACACCCAAGAUUCGGAAAAAGGGGUAAGCUGACACCCCGAUAUGUUGGUCCUUUUCAGAUCUUAGAAAAAGUAGGUCCAGUAGCCUACCGAGUUGCCCUUCCGCCACAUAUGAGCCAAAUUCAUAAUGUGUUUCACGUUUCUAUGCUCCGAGGAUACCUCCCGGAUCCAUCACAUAUUAUCGAUUAUCACCAAAUUAUGCUGACUGAUAAGUUAACAUACGAGGAAAAACCAAUUCGAAUUCUGGACCGUCAGGUGAAAUAGUUAUGGAACCGGGAAAUUCCAAUGGUGAAAGUGGAGUGGCAAGAGCACUACGGAACCGAGGCAACUUGGGAAAAGGAAGAGGAAAUGCAACACCAAUAUCCGCAUCUGUUUACGUCCUAAGGUAAAACAAGUUUGGAGGACCAAACUUAAUUAAGGGGGGGAGAGUGUAAUAGCCCGACCCUCGUACAUGACCCCGGUAUCUUUUCAGCCCUCUAUUUUGUGUUUUUGAAUGCAUAUUAUGAAAUUCUAUGUGAAAGUACAUUGAAUUACAUGAAACUUAGCCAUAUGGAUUCCUAUCUGUUGAAUAAGGGAAUUAUCUGUCACUAUAGACUAUUUGAAUCUGAAAUUGGGCGCCUUAGAGGCUUAAUUUUCAGAAAUUGAUUUGAUAUUUGGAAUCUGCAUAAUUUUUAAACUCUAAUGGGAUUUUCUAUGAAAUUUCAAUUUAGGAUGCUUAAACGAUUAAAUUUUGUCUUAUUAUAAACAUAAAUAUCUAUAUCAAGCUUUAAGAUGUCUUUGACUUGAAAACACCUCCUGUGUGCAACCUAGAAGAGGGAAUUUCGUGAGAGUUGAAGAGAAGGCCUUCAAGUGAAGGAU